ACACAUUGAACUAUAUAUCUCUGGUCCAUUUUCACUAAAGAUUGGACGCUCUUCACAAUGUCCGAGGAAGUGAUCGCCAGGGGCAGCAUCUUGGGCAAGCUGGUGCCCGCGCGCUAUGUGCUCGCCAUAAUGGGCUCCAUUGGCAUGGCCAUUGUCUAUGGGCUGAAGGUGAAUCUGAGUGUGGCCAUGGUGGCCAUGCUGAACCAUACUGCCAUACAUGGGAUGCAGGAGAAGCCAGUGGAUCAUCACACCAUUUCGAAUCUCACGAGCAGCGCCAGCGAGGAGGUUGAGGUCUGCUCGCCGCCCGGUGGCGCCACCAAUGUAACGGCCAAGGUUGAGGACGGACCAUUCAGCUGGAGCGAACCCCUGCAGGGCACACUGCUGAGCUGCUAUUUCUGGGGCUAUCUGGUCUCGCAGAUUCCAUUGGCUCAUGUCGCCGAGAACUUCUCGGCCAAGUGGGUCAUGCUGUUCUCGGUGGCCAUCAAUGUGGUGUGCACUCUGCUGACUCCAGUCCUGACCUCUGCUCAUUACGGUGGCUUGAUAUUGAUGCGUGUCCUGGAGGGCGUGGGCGGCGGUGCCUCGUUCCCGGCUAUGCAUGUGAUGAUCGCCUCCUGGGCACCGCCCACCGAGCGCAUGGUCAUGUCCACCAUCAUCUAUGUGGGCACAUCGGCGGGCACGGCACUAUCUAUCCUAUUGGCUGGCGUUCUGUCGGCCAACUGGGGCUGGGAGUCGGUGUUCUAUGUGAUGGGCGCACUCAGCUGCAUCUGGAUGCUCUUGUGGGUAAUUCUGGUGCAGGACAAUCCCAACAAGCAGAGCUUCAUCAGUGCCGAGGAACGUCACAUGAUCACCAGUUCGCUGGGCACCGAGACCAAGGUCGAACAUCAUCCAAAGGUGCCAUGGGGCAAGGUGCUCAAAUCGGUGCCCUUCUGGGCAAUUCUCAUCGCUCACACCUGCAGCAACUUCGGCUGGUACAUGUUCCUCAUCGAGAUUCCCUUCUACAUGAAGCAGGUGCUCAAGUUCAAUGUGGCCAGCAAUGCUGCACUCAGCGCCCUGCCCUACUUCCCAAUGAUCAUAUUCAGCAUAAUCCUUAGCAAAAUUUUGGAUACUCUGCAAGCGAAGGGCAAAAUAAGCACAACCAUUGCUAGGAAGGCGGCUACCUCAAUUUGUACUGUUAUACCGGCAAUAUGUUUGUUGGUUCUGUGCUAUAUUGGAUGCCGACACUACGAGGCCGUCUCUGUCAUGUCCGUGGGCAUUGUGGCAAUGGGCGCCAUGUUCUCUGGCUUCCUCUCCAAUCACAUUGAUAUUGCUCCGAACUUUGCUGGCACUUUAGUUGCGUUGACCAACACUGCUGCCACCCUACCUGGCAUUGUUGUUCCCCUCUUCGUUGGUUUUGUUACCCAUGGAAAUCAAAACAUUGGAGCCUGGCGUAUUAUAUUUGGCGUUACAAUCGUCCUGUUCGUAUUGGAGUUCUUAACUUUCGUCAUAUUUGGCUCGGGUGCCGAACAAUCGUGGAAUAGAUCUGGUGCACCGAAGGAUGCUGAUGUCAAGGAUGAGAAGACACCGCUUAAGGAUGUUAACGCACAGCAAAAGCCAUAAUUAUGUAAUCUCGAUUAGUGGAUCGAACCAUAUACAAGAAUUUCAAUUUCAUGACUUUUUGUGUAGUUAAAGCACCGAACUGUCGCACUGGACUGUAAAUACUACAAAAUACCAAUUAUAGUUUUUAGUUUAACCUGUAAUACUAGGUAUACUCGUAUCUGUGCACCCAUCUAUGGACACUACUACACUACUUCGCUUACCCGCCUUUAAAAUGUACUUAACAAACGACAGGUAUUCAAAUGUUAUCCCACAUACAGA